UAAUUAAUAUUCACGAAGUAGGGUUCUUGUCGCAGCUGAGAGAGCGUGGAAAUGGCAGCGGGUGGAUCGUACAGUAUAGUGGAGUAUUUCGGGGGAGAUGGCGGCCACCGCUGCGGUUACUGUAAACACGAAAACGGCAAUUUCUCACACGGCAUGUGGUCCCAUACUAUGACAGUGCAGGACUACCAGGAUCUCAUCGACAGAGGCUGGAGAAGAAGUGGCAAAUAUGUUUACAAGCCUACUAUGAAUAAGACAUGCUGCCCACAGUACACCAUCAGGUGCCAUGCUUUAAACUUCCAUCCGUCGAAGACUCACAAAAAGACCUUGAAGAAGGUGAACAGGUUCCUCUCCAGAGGAGAGAUGCCAGUAGAGAGGCAUGAUGAGGGACAUGAAGGUUUGUUAGAAGAUAUCAAAGGUCGUCUAAAGCCCUUCUCUUCCAUACUUCAGAGGACAGUGGCUAUAGCUGCAGGAAAAACCCAGUCGUUUUUGUCAGAUUCUUUAGGAGAGAUCAUGGACUCUGCGCAUGAAGAGGGUGUUCAACCUCCUCGUCAAGAUCCUCUGAAAAUAGACCAUAGUGAAGUACAGGACAUCAGCACCAGCCCAGACACAGACACCACCAACUCAGCUGCACCAACAACGCCCAGAGAAGACGCAGCGCCCGCCCCAGAAGAGAAAACUCCUACUGUUACACCCAAACCAGGUAAGGGAGCCGAUCCCAGCAGGCCUCUGGGUCGGAAAGCUAAGGACAUCAGGAAAGAGAGACGACUUCAAAAGGAGCAACAGAAACAGCAAGAAGCAGAGUCUUCCUCUGUGAACCCCGUCCCAUCCAAAUCUUCAUCUAAUCAGCCCAAGUCACUGGAGGAGUUCAUAACGGAGUCCUUACCCAAUGACCCUCUGCACCGUUUAGAGGUGAGGCUAGUGCCAGUCAGUUUUGAGGACCCGGACUUCCUGGCAUCGUAUGAGCAGUCAGCAGCACUGUACGCCCGCUACCAGAUGACCGUUCACGGCGAUGCUCCGUACGAGUGCGGGGAGAGCGAGUUCAAGAGGUUCCUCUGUGACUCUCCUUUAGAGGCUGAGAUGGCUCCUGAUGGUCCUGAAGUGGGCUACGGCUCGUUUCAUCAGCAGUACUGGUUGGAUGGCAGAAUAGUAGCCGUAGGAGUUCUGGACAUCCUGCCCUCCUGUGUGUCGUCUGUGUACCUCUACUAUCACCCCGACUUCUCCUCGCUCUCACUGGGCACCUACUCUGCUCUCAGGGAGAUUGCCUUCACCAGGCAGUUGCAGCAGCAGUCGCCCAAACUUGCCUACUACUAUCUGGGUUUCUACGUCCAUUCGUGUCCCAAGAUGCGCUAUAAGGGUCAGUACCAGCCUUCAGACCUCCUGUGCCCUGAAACCUACACUUGGGUGUCCAUCGAGAGAUGCAUCCCCCGCCUUGAGAUCUCUGCCUACUCUCGUCUCAGUGAGAACGCCCAUGAAGGUGAUGCAUGUGCGCUGAAGGAACUGGGCAGGGUGUUAGUGCUCCACAGGAGGACAGUGAUGCCCUAUGCGGCCUACGCCCGUAAGCGGAAGGGUUCGAACGACGAGAAAGAAGUGGAGCAGUAUGCCAGUCUGUUGGGCCAGACGUGUGCAGAGAGAAUCCUGCUCUACAGAGCCUAGAAGUCCCUUCAUAUGUCUCUGUCCUUCAAAACAUAAAAGUGUUUGUCCUCUUGUACGCUUGUCUGCUUAUUGGCUUCCUGGUUGUUUGUCUUUUUCCUCUUCCAGAAGUCUUUUCCCCAUCUGUGUGUACAGUUUUGUUCUUUGUUUUUGUUAUGCUGUGCUGUGUCGUAAUCUCUUUGAACUCUACUUUUAGAUUUUCUGGCCAGCAGCGCUUUGUAAUAAUCACACUCGCACACAUGCAACACGCAGCCACGCACAUGUUGUCUCAUAGUGUAUCCCAAAAUAUUACCCAUUUACAAGUCACCAAUCACAUCUUAUCUAGCCAUAUAACAAGAAACGAUGUGCGUUAGGGCAAACUCUCAUUCUGAAUCUGUUUGGUUGGGUAUUUCUAGACUGUCGUGACCCUGAAACUUUUGGCCUUUGGUGACAUAGAUAACCAUUUUCCCACAGUCUUAAAUGUUCCCGAUAUUCAUGUUCUUCUAAAGUGACUAAUACUAUCCAAAGCGGGUGCUAUGAUGUUGAAAGACUUGUUACUGGCUUUGCUGGAGGGUUGAAUCAAUCCAUAUUCCUGUGGAACAGAUUUUUCUUUUCUCACUUUGUCUUUCGGGUUAUAAUAAGUAAUAGCUUGAGUGCUUUUAUUUUAAUAAUAAUGUUUUCUUUCAAACAAAAUAAAAAAAUAUAUAUGA